UAUCUCCUGCCCUCUGGGCGCUUGUUUUGUAGGUCUUGAUCCUGCAGCCUAUUCUAAAAGGGUAGGAGAAGUCUGCUUCCUCUUUUGCACCAGACCUGAGUUGGGUCACUGUGGUAGGUAGUCACGUCUCUGGUCUCUUAGUCGGUGGUACCUCAAUGGUCUUGGAGCUAUCCAAAUAAACCCAAGUCUAACCAGAUAUCUUCAAGUUCUCUGCACUUGCAUCAAAGUUUCAGGACUUCAGUGUUGUUCACUCGGCUUCUUCACCCAACAUCCAAGUUUCCCUAUCGCCGUUCGAGGAACGCUUCCAUGGAUCAGUCAAAGUACCGCAUGGCCGGCGUGCAGGACAAGCUGGAGGUGCUGGGGGUGGAGGACGAUGCGGGCAAUCCCAUCAGCGCCCUGACCAUCCUGUCGCUGCUGGAGCGUGUGGCAGGCAUCAUCGACAACGUCCAGGCUGGCCAGCAGCGCAUGGAGGAGCAGCAGCUGGACCUGGAGACCAACAUCAAGACCAUCCAGGGUGAUGUCCUGAAGCUAGCCAAAGACCACACCACCACCAGUGGCACCGUGGAGAAGCUGCUCCAGAAGACGCGUAAGGUCAGCUCCAAUGUCAAGGAGGUGCGCACGCGGGUGGAGAAGCAGAACUUGCGUGUCAAGAAGGUGGAGACCACACAGGAGGAGCUGCUGACCAGAAACAAGUUCCGGGUCAUCAUUUAUCAGGGGGAACAUGAGAUCCCUUCGGUGGCCGUGACAAAGACCCCAAAAGGAGCUGUUGGUAUGGAGGGGUUGGUGAUCGAACCAGACACCUACGAUGUCCCCGGGGACAUCUCCUCAGAUGAGGAAUACAUGACAGUGGACGAGACUGAAGGAGGAUCCAGAACUGCCCGCUUGAAGGCGUCAGGCAUGAAGGGCAUUGAAAGCAUCAAGCAGGCCUUCUCCAAGGAGACCAUGACCAAGACCAAGGACAACUUGGGCACCAAGUUCCACAACAUGGGCGAGAAAAUGGUGCCCCCCGAAAGACGGGAGAAGAUGCACCAGGCCAGCGAGCGCAUCAAGCACUCUGGCGAGAGGCUGAAGGAAAACAUCGCCAAGAAGGCCCCCACCAAGGAGUCCUUCCGCAUCAAGCUGAAGAAGGAGAGGACCGUGGCCGAGGGCCAGGAGGGAGCUGAGGCUGACGGGGAGGUCGAUGAGGCGGUGACCCCAGUCAAGGGAAGAAAAAGCCCGGAAGUCAGUAAAACCCCAGUAGUAACCUACACGGAGGUUGUAACGGAAAGGGAAACCAAGAGGGAGGGUCCCGUGGAGGAGCCGGCCGCCAUCCGGAUAGGGGAGGUAGGGAAAUUCACUGUGGAGGCAGUGGAAGAGGGCAAGGAGGACGAAUACGACAGGAAGUAGAUCUCCAGCAUGUUGCCGCAACACAACGAGAAGUCACCAAAAUAGAAGCCGGGUAGGAAGAGAGCUUGCGGUGUCUUGCAAGAGAGAUGGUCUGUGACGAAUCAACAUCGACGACAGACAAUUUACAUUAUCAAUCCGUUUAAAAAUCAAAGAGAUACUUCUGUUGAAUAUACAGUAACAGCCAAAAGUUUGGACACAACUAUUCAUUCAAGGGUUUUUCUUUCUUUUUACAAUUUUCUACAUUGUAGAAUAAUAGUGAAGACAUCGAAACGAUGAAAUAACAUAUAUGAAUCAUGUGAAAGUGGUUGAUAGAAUGCCCGGAGUGUGCAAAGCUGUCAUCAAGGCAAAGGGUGGCUACUUUGAAGAAUCUCAAAUAUAUAAUAUAUUUUGAUUUGUUUAACACUUUUUUGGUUACUACAUGAUUCCAUAUGUGUUAUUCCAUAGUUUUGAUGUCUUCACUAUUAUUCUACAAUGUAGAAAAUAGUAAAGAUAAAGAAAAACCCUUGAAUGAGUAGGUGUGUCCACACUUUUGACUGGUACUGUGUAUACUGACAAGUCGACAGAGGAGUGGAAAGAGUUCUGUGACUGACCUGAUAAUCUAUAAAGAUUGUGUUUCUGGGGUGUCAGAUGUUGGUAGGUUAGUGACCCACUGUCACGUGUCAUUGAAAUUGGCUGUUAUUAUUUUCAACUUGGGAAUGAUUUUUAACGAUAUGGGUUGUAAAAUGUACGUGGACACAUUCACACAAGAACACAGAGAAAUGUGUCAAAUGUAACAUUUUCAUGGAAAGACAUAUUGGGAUGAAUUCAGGUCAGGGGUUGGUUGGGGCAACAGUACAUAAGUAUUGGGCACAUUGGUAACUACUGUACAUGAACUGCUAUGUUGCUUUUGGCGUUAAAGUUAAACACAAAAACACAUUGUUCCCAGAUGUUUGGUUGCUAAUCAAUUUCUUUGACUAGUCAAGAAAAAACGCUCGCAAGUUAGAAAUUAAUUUCCACAAAGUGUUUGGAAGGGGAAAGAGUUUAACUGAAAGGAGAAAAGAGAGAUUGCAAAGUACCCUUGAGGUGAUUCUGAAGGUUGAGGAAGUUUGCGUAUGAUAUUGAUCUUAAAUCCGAAUGUAAAAUGUUGUACAUAGCAUAACCGUAAUCAUGAUAUUGGUCAACACAGAUCUCAGCUGGCCUCUGAAGAGUUUGAAAAAGUCAAGCUAUACAGAUAUAAUACUGCUGUAUAUAGAUAUGAAUGACAGAUUGGGUUCUGUGUGUUUCAAAAUCCAACAAGGAUUGACCAUUUGGUUCAAAUGCUUUUCUAUUACAAGAGGUCAUGCAAAGCUUGAGAGUUAAAUGUCAUCUUUCAACUGAACUAUGCGCUGUGAAUUGAAUUUGGUCUGAGGAUAACUAGAUCGUAGUGUGUAUGAUUGUGUGGUGUACUAGUGUUAAGAAAAUUUAAAAUAUAUAUUUGAGGAAAGCAUUAAGUCAUGUAAAUGGCUUUAGGGGUACCUGUAACAUUUAUGGCACUAGAAGGUUUUGAGCACUGAUGUAAUUCUGUGCAACACUAAGAGGACUUCGACAUAAAAGUGAACACGUGUAUAAAGAUUACAAAGCAACCUAAUAUUUCAAAGUCGUUUCAAAGUCAUUUUUUUCUGAAUACAGUUUACAGCAUGUUUAUGCCCUUCUUUUGAUCACCUAGAGGUGCAUUGCUUUCAUUUGUUAUGCUAAUAAUGGCAUCAACUAUCCAAAUGUACAUUCUGCUGUGCUCACAUAUCUGUGAGUCUAACCUGUAGACCUACAGUAAUUCAUGUUCAACCACAAAGAAACGUGUAUGUUAAUAUACUAAUGCAUUAGGCCUAAGUAAUGUGGAUUCGACUGAUUGAUGUCAAUGAGUAAUGAGAAGUACAAUAGGUAGUGGUGUGUAGUUGAAUUGUUUCUUACUAGUUCACAGGAAAUGAUUGUCAACAAAGUAUGUGUGCUACAUAAUUUACAAAAAUGUGUAGUCACUUUUUUAUUCUCUUUUGCCAGACCCCUUGCCAAAUAUUUCCUAAAAGUGCCAAUGUUUUCUUGAGUUCACCAUCCAGGCAUUGUCGCUGUUCUUAGCAAAUGAACCAGCUACAUUGAUUCUGGGAUUGUAUCCUGCAAUAAGGCACAUCCUUUUAUUCAUCUGCUAUUGUCAGAUAGAAAUAGGUUUGAUGAAAGUCGAAUGGGUAUGCUAUAUUGAUGGAAAACAACAAUUGUCAUUGAUAUGCAUUGUGGUAUGUGCAAGCAGCAUCACAUAUAUUCAUGAUUGUUUUUUUUUGUAUUAAUAAAGGCCUAAUGCCACCUGUAUUAAUCAAAACAA